CAAAUAAAAAUCUAGGGGGGUGGGGAGGAGCAGGAAGUGGCGGUGCGAGGGCUGCUGCACAGCUAGCAGAGCCGCGGUCCGGACGGCAGCGCGUGCCCCGAGCUCUCCGCCUUCCCCCGCCCGCCAGCCCGAGGCAGCCCGAGCCCAGCCCGCGGCCCCAGCAGCAGCCCCGAAAGCAGCCCCAGUAGCAGCGCAAUGGCCGGGUGGAACGCCUACAUCGACAACCUCAUGGCGGACGGGACCUGUCAGGACGCGGCCAUCGUGGGCUAUAAGGACUCGCCCUCCGUCUGGGCCGCCGUCCCCGGGAAAACCUUCGUCAACAUCACGCCAGCUGAGGUUGGUGUCCUGGUUGGCAAAGACCGGUCAAGUUUUUUCGUGAACGGGCUAACGCUUGGGGGCCAGAAAUGUUCUGUGAUCCGGGACUCACUGCUGCAGGACGGGGAAUUUACCAUGGAUCUUCGUACCAAGAGCACUGGCGGAGCCCCCACCUUCAAUAUCACUGUCACCAUGACUGCCAAGACGCUAGUCCUGCUGAUGGGCAAAGAAGGUGUCCACGGUGGUAUGAUCAACAAGAAAUGUUAUGAAAUGGCCUCCCACCUGCGGCGUUCCCAGUACUGACCUCGUCUGUUCCUCCCCCCACCACUCCCCACUGCUUUUGCACCCCUCUCCUUCCCACACACACACAUACACCAUUUUUAUUUUUUGGGCCAUUACCCUAUACCCCUUAUUGCUGCCAAAACCACAUGGGCUGGGGGCCCGGGCUGGAUGGACAGACACCCUCCCCCCAACCCAUACCCCUCCUGUGUGUGGUUGGAAAACUUUGUUUUUUGGGUUUUUUUCUGAAUAAAAAAGAUUCUACUAACCAA